ACCCUAACCCUAGCGCUAAAGCUUUCCGUCUCUUGUUCAUCUAGAUCUAUUAAAUCGCAAGAUUUUUGUCAACUUAAGCCGAAAAAUUUAGUAUUGUUCGGUGAUUACUGGAUUUUUAUUACAAUUUUUUUGGGAAAAAUCUUCGGUUCGAUCUUGAAGUCUCGGUGCUCCUCCCCACCACCUGGGUAUACGCUGAGCCGAGCCAGUGAAGAGGCCUUGAUCGAAUCGAUUAAGCUCCAAAAGGAAAGGGAGAAAUCCAAGGAAGAAAGGAAGAAGGAUAAGAAAAGGGAGAAGAAAGAUAAAAAGGAGAAGAAAGAGAAGAAGAAAGAGAAGAAAGACAAGACGCACCAGAACCUCGACAAAUCUGGUAUUGUCCAGGGUCACAUUGGCAAAAAGAUUUGGCCAGACGCAAAAGUUGAACUUCUGUAUAGGGGAAGUCAAGCUGAACCGGAGCAGUUAGAACGAAGCAGUCUGACUGAGGAGCAUGGACAGCCUGUCUGUUUGUGUGCUCCCAGCACUUCCUCUGACAGUACAGAAAAUAGCAACAAGAGGAAGAGGCAGUCCUCUCCUGCAGAUGUUGCCCGCGGUCACAGUAAGAUUGUUUUCCCCCGGCUGCCUCUUAUCUAUCGUAUACGACUGCCUGUAAAGAAGCCAAAUGAAUCUGGUGAUACAGAUCGGAUAUGCUCUACAUCUGGAAGCACACCCUUCCCUUCCCAAAAUAAAGAUGAUAUUAGUCUCAAAUACAACAGAGGAAAUGUUUGCUGCACAUUGCAGGAGACCAGCAAUAUCGCGCAAGGUUUGUCUCGAAGAACUGACAGGGAGCAGAUAUGUUCAACUUCUGGGCAGAUAAACCCUGUUACUGCGGUGAAAACAGGAAUUCCAUCUGCUAGCAAUACAGUUAUGACUCCAAUGCAGAGAAUGGAGUUACAGUAUAAAAAUCUAAUAGAGAAUUGGAUUCCGCCAAAGUGGCUGGAUUCAUCCCUUAAUUCGGAUGAUGAGCAAGAUUGGCUCUUCCUGGGGAAAAAUGAAGGUCAACGGGCUGAGAAAAGACAGAAAGCUGGAAAUGAUAGCUUGCCAUGUUCUAGCAGCUCAGCAAUAUGGCCCCAUGCACAAUACUUGCAAGAUGUUGAUGUCUAUGCGUUGCCUUUCACUGUACCCUUUUGAGUUUGUACUGAUGUAAAUAUAGUGCAGUGAUGUUGCUGCUGCCUGAGGAUUUUUGUAGUGGUAUGUCCUUAGGCAGAUGUAGGUGUUUCACAUUGGCCGUGUACUGGUUAUUUGUACCUAUGAGUUGCUUUCUUUGUACCGAUGAGAGCUUAAAACUACUUAUCUGAGUAAUAUAUACCUGUUUAUUGGUUUCA